UGUUUCAAGAAGUGAAGGAUAUUCUUAGUACUCAGGUACAUUUGCAUGAAACUAUGAUACGGACAAGCGACUUCUACAAGACCACUUACACAGAGAUGUCAAGACAGAUGAAGACCUUAGAAGAGAAACUUCCAUCAGUAUCUCCUGCUCUCCUGACUUUGGCUUUUGAUCACACAAAAAUCGCAACCACAUCUACCAGCAGGAAUUCAGGGAACAGAAAGCAAAAAUCUCAUAAGAAGACUCUUCCUAAGGUAAAGAAGUCUAGAGAAGUGGAGGAGAUACCUUCAGCUACAGAGAAUGUGGAACCUCCAGCUGCAAAGAAGACCAAAGUUUCAAAUACAAAGAAGGAGAAAAAACUACACAGAAGCAGAAGAUCAAACAGAAGAAAUCCCUUCAAGCUGCUGCAGUCUCUUUGCAAACAAGCACAAUGUCGGAAGAUAAUCCACAUACUGAGUCAGUAGUACAACCAUCAACCUCGCUCAUGGCAGACCCUGUAACUCCUCUAACAGAACCUACCUUGGAUGACUGGUGGUUGGAAUACACUCAACUCACUAAAGACAUUGAACAACAAGAGAAACAACAUCAAGUCAUGGAGAUGAAUGUUACCGGUGAUUUAUCCAGAGGUGUUACUGAUCAUUCAAUAGUGGAACAUCCAUAUGAAGAAGAGAAACUUACUCUCCUUCAAAAAGAGCGUGGCAUAUGUCGUCACAAUAAUAUGUUACGUCACGUGAGUUGUCAUAGUGGACAAGUCCAUUGUCAUGUCUGUUGCAAGGAACUUAUUGACUGUUUGUGUUACUAUGAUCCAGAGGGGAUGAUGCAAGACAUGCUAUCUCAAGACUUUGAAGGACAUAUCCUAUCAGUGUAAAUUCAGAAGUGUUUUGUUGAUAUGCUGUAACAUAAUGAUUAUGUAUUGUAACAAACUUUUGUAAAUUGAAAUAGGGGAAAGAAGUGGAAUGAAUAAAUAAAUAAACCUUAUGUGUUUUACGUUAUAUAUUGUUUAGUAAGUCAUAUUAUGAAGACUUUUCCUCGCUUAUUAUCUAUAAGUGAGCAUAUAUUCACUGCCAAAGUAAAUGAUAAACUGAAUGAUAUACAUGUACCUUACAGUGGUUUGAAAAAUAUAAACAGUAACUUCUUAAAUAUAACUGUAUCAAGUUUAGCCUUCGUCCUAAUUGAACUAGAGAGUGUUUUAUUGGACCUGUCAACAGAGACUCGCACUUCUGUAAUUCAGGCCAUUCCUUUGAUAUUGCGGACAAGCAUCCGAAUUCUUUCGCCCUCAGGAUGAGGAACAUUCUUAUUGGCUUCAAAAGUAUGAGUUGCACCACUAAAACAUACAACAAUCCCUGUGUAGAGUUGAUAAGAGCAUUGAUG